UUUCCAUUCAUUCAACUUCUUCUUUCAAAUGCUUGGUAUUUUCUGUAACAGAAAUCAGUGAAUUUGUUAGGGAAAUAUUGAACUAGUAAAAUUAAACUAAAACUUGAUUAUUUAAAAUAAGCUUAAACAGGAUAAAAAAUGUCACGAAAAGGGAGCAUUAAAAAUGGAGAUAACAACUGUUUCGACACUGUGGAAAAUAAUGAGGAGAAAGAACUGGAAGCAAUGUCUGCGACUGCAGAUGCUCCUGGAGAAAUAAAAUUGGAAGCUAAAAUGGGACUUAUCAAUGGUAUUACUGUAAUUGUGGGAUCAAUUAUUGGAUCAGGAAUUUUUGUAAGCCCUACUGGAGUAAUUAUGCACACUGGAAGUACCAAUGUAGCUCUUUUAGUUUGGACUUUAUCAGGAAUAUUUUCUAUGGUGGGUGCUUAUUGUUAUGCCGAAUUAGGAUGUAUGAUAAAGAGAUCAGGUGCAGAUUAUGCCUAUAUUAUGGAGACGUUUGGACCAUUCGCAGCAUUUAUUAGACUUUGGAUUGAGUGUAUGAUAGUUCGGCCAUGUAGCCAAGCUAUUGUUGCUCUCACGUUUAGUAUUUAUGUUCUUAAGCCCAUAUUUCCGGAUUGUGAUCCUCCGGGAGAUGCUGCUCGGUUGCUUGCGGCAGUUUGCAUAUGUACUUUAGCAUUUGUUAAUUGUUGGGACGUCAAAUGGGCAACAAGAGUCCAAGAUGUUUUUACUUAUGCCAAACUAGUGGCUUUACUUGUUAUUAUUACUGCUGGAGCUUACCAAUUAGCAAAGGGACAUACUGAACAUUUCAACUUCGAUAAUACAAAAACUGAAGUAACUUCAAUAGCUCUAAGUUUUUAUUCUGGGCUAUUCGCCUACAAUGGUUGGAAUUAUCUGAAUUUUAUAAUUGAAGAGCUCAAGGAUCCUAUUAAAAAUUUGCCUAGAGCUAUUGCUAUAUCCUGCACUCUUGUAACCGUUGUUUAUGUAUGUACCAAUGCUGCUUUUUAUACGACAUUGAGCCCCAAAGAAGUACUCGCUAGUGAAGCUGUUGCAGUUACCUUCGCCAAUCGUCUUUUUGGAGUGAUGGCAUGGAUAAUACCAGUUUUCGUAGCACUUUCUACUUUUGGUGCAGUCAAUGGAAUAUUAUUAACAUCUUCGCGAUUAUUUUAUGCGGGCGCUUGUGAGGGUCAAAUGCCAGAGAUUCUUACUAUGAUUCAAGUAUCAAGAUUAACGCCAGCUCCAGCAGUCAUUUGUAUGGCACUAUUAUCAAUGUGUUAUCUAGCUAGUUCCAAUAUUAAUGCGCUCAUAAAUUACGUUGGCUUUGCUACCUGGUUGAGUAUUGGAGUAUCAGUUUUGUGCGUGCCAUGGUUAAGAUAUACACAACCUAAUCUUGCGCGGCCUAUCAGAGUAAAUCUAAUAUUUCCAAUAUUGUAUAUCCUGGCAACGCUAUUUGUAACACUUGUUCCAAUGUAUGCUAGUCCUGUUGAAACAGGAUACGGAUGUCUUAUGAUUUUCUCAGCGGUACCUGUGUACUUUGCUUUUAUUGCUUGGAAAACGAAGCCUAAAUUCUUCGUAAGCGGAGUUGGCGCAGUCACUCAAUAUUUCCAGAAGAUGAUGGUAGUCGUUGGACCAAAAUCACAGUAGGGGUAACUAAAUUUAUGCAGAAGCUUAUGGUGGUUGUUGGUAAAGCAAAACCUGCACAAGUGUAAAAAAUUCAGCUUGCCAUGAUGAAAAGAGAAAUAUUGAUAAAUUACAGUUUCAUGAAAAUGUCCAAUCGGCAAUCACUAAGCAAAUGAUAAUUACUGCCAAAAAUAAAGAAUAUACAACUAUCAACAAGAAUUUCAACAACUUAAAUUCAGGAUAAAUAAUUAUAAAUAACGCAUGAAAAAGGUGAAUUACUGUAUAUAUUUUUAUUUGAAUUUUUUUUAGAUUACUACCGUUAUUAAUUGUCUCUGGAAAAUUCACCACAUCCAACAUAUCGUUAUUGUUGUUACUCUUAUUUUUUAUGAAAAUUUUUUGUCCAAAUCAUGAUGAUUGAAUGAUGUAGAGCGAUAAAAACGAAUGAUAUUAGAAUAUUUUACAUAAUAUUAAUACAUACAUAUGCUUGUAAUGAUUUUUUAAAUACAAUGUGUGUAUAUUUUUCUAAUUAUCGUUUCUUUUUUAAUUAUUUGUUUGUCGUGAUAGUAGGCAUAAUUAAUUAAUGAUGAUCACGACUGGUCUCAUGUGACAAUAAUUAAUGACUCAACAUUCAAUUAGGAUAUGUGGAAAAUUUUUUAUAAUGCGAUAUUCUUUUCCAUACAUAAACUCAUUAAAUUAUUUAGAAUUAUACUUAUCGCUUUUUUAUACUUUGAGGAAAAAAUACUUAAGUUUUACAUAGAAAAUAAUUUAGGAUCUGACUACGCGAUAAAUUGAUGUCUAUUAAGAUUUAACAAAAAGAAACUGUGUGAAUACUUAUAAAUAAAUUAUGACAAUAUAAAUAUUUAUGAUACAUAUACUACCUCAUUGUCUGGUAUUAAUGUUUAUUUGGCAAAAAGCAACUAUGUAAAAAAAAAAAUAAAAUAAAAUAUGAAUUUAAAACAUAAUGCAUAAAU